AUGUCUACCUACACCUACAUUAUUGAGACUUCACGAAUUACGCAUCUUGCCAAGAUGAUAGAAGUACUCGAAGAUAUCUAUGGCAGGGGUCAAUAUGGAGUGCACUGGCUAAAACCACAGGGUUGCCGAAUCAAAGUGACGACUCAUGACCCCAAGGCACCAUGGCAAAGACUAAGGGCCGAGGGUAUGUUUUCUUGA